UGCUAUCAAUAAUACUCUUUUCUUCUAUUCUGUCCGGUCCUUAUAUCGUCGAUCUCUGUUUCUUCUUCAUCUUCUUCCGAUCAAAGCCAACCAUGAAACUCAGAGUGAGAUCUUUCGAUUCCAAAGAGAUUCUGAGAAUCGAUAUCACCAACGAUUCAUCUCUCCAACAGCUCAAAGAAGCCAUUGCCCAAGCAAUUCCAUCCUCCUACCCUUCCUCUCUCCGCCUCUCCCUCAACCGGACCGACGAGCUCCGCUCCUCCUCCUCCGACGACUCCCUUCUCUCUCUGGGCAUCGCCGCCGGCGACCUCAUUUUCUACUCCGUCGAAACCCUAGCUUCGCAGGACCGCGAAACCCUAGGUGAUCCGCCUCCGCCGGAUUCUGCUCAGGUAAUUAAUCUCGAUCCUCGUGUUGAUUCUGAAUUAAUCGUUGAGGAUUCUGGUGGAAAAAGUAUGGAAAUUGAUGGUGAUUGUGUCGAUUUCGUGGGGGUCAAGUUUCCCGAGACCUGUUUUCUGAGGAGAGUGAGGAGGAUGGUGAGCGAAGAGUUUGGGGAAGAUGGUCGGAAUCACAAGCUUAUGGUGAUUGCGGUUCAUUCUGUGUUUUUGGAAUCAGGUUUUGUUGAAUUUGAUGAAUUUCAUUUUCCUAAUGAGUGGAGUCCUUCAAUGGCUUUUACGAUGUCUUUUCGCUAUACACUGCCUGAAAUUUUGGGUGAUCAAGAUUGCACUUUGAAUUUGAGAGAAUCAGUUGUUUUGAAGUAUCAGAUUCUAGGCCGUUUUGUGAAUGUCCUUGGGGCUUUAACUAGUGGCGGUUCUGUAACUUACCGGGUGUGUUUAGAUGAGAAAAAGUAUGCACCGGCUAUUGGUUCUCUGUGUGCUAAAGGUGAUGAGUUUGAAAGAGAAGUUUAUGGGUUGUGGAAGGUUGUGAGGGAUGGGCUUGGAUUGCCUCUGUUAAUCGAUCUUUGCGCAAAGGCGGGAUUGCCCUCUCCCCCGUGUUUUAUGCGGCUUCCGUCGGAGCUUCAGAUGAAGAUAUUGGAGUUCCUUCCCGGUGCUGAUAUCGCAAAAGUCGGGUGCGUCUGUAAGGAAUUGCAGUACUUGUCCUGCAAUAAUGAUUUGUGGAGGAGGAAGUUUGUUGAGGAGUUUGAAAUGGGGAUGGUGGGAUCACAAGCGGUUAGCCAUUGGAAGACGGCAUUUGCCAAUUCAGCAUAUUGGCAGAGGAAGAGAAAGGAGGAGGAGGCUGCGGCUAUAGGGCGGAGACGGUUGCCCCAUUAUGGUUGGCCCAUGUUCGGUCCCAUAAGAAGGGACCCUAAUCCAUUGGAAGUGCCGUGGAUAAUUGGUGGAGAUUAUGACCGUUUUGUCCCUCCUUUCGGACGACCAGGUCGACUUCCUCUGUUUCGGAGGACCUUUUCACCCCAUUGCAAUUUGGGAGGAUUUAGUGGUAGUGGCUAAUCAGGUUAAACUUUAUAGCAGUGGAGUUGUUCUGAAUCUUAGUUGCUUUUCGUUUUGUGUUUUUUUUUUUAUAUCUACGCGUCUAAAUUUAAUUAAUCUUCCAAUGGAAGAUUUUUGCCAAGCAUAGGUUAUAUACUCUGUUUUUUAUCGGUUUUUAAUACUCAUGUAAAUAAGUUGCAAACUUGCAAUCGCUUAUGAUGUACAUCUUUUUCAAUCGCAAAGCAAAGCUUUAAUAUAAUAGUACCGUUUUUUAGCU